AUCGGCCGGGAGCUGAGACACAGGGGCCGAUCGCCGACCUCGUCCCAUCCGCCCGGUUUAUUUUGAUCCGAAAUGAGCUCCAUCGGCACCGGGUAUGACCUGUCAGCGUCCACCUUCUCUCCUGAUGGACGGGUAUUUCAGGUUGAAUAUGCCAUGAAAGCUGUUGAGAACAGCAGCACCGCCAUUGGGAUAAGGUGUAAAGAUGGAGUCGUGUUUGGAGUAGAAAAACUGGUCCUUUCUAAACUUUAUGAACAGGGCUCCAACAAACGCAUAUUUAACAUUGAUCGUCAUGUAGGAAUGGCAGUAGCAGGACUUCUGGCAGAUGCACGUUCCCUUGCGGAUAUUGCCAGAGAAGAAGCUGCCAACUUCAGAACCAGUUAUGGCUAUAAUAUUCCACUAAGGCAUCUUGCAGACCGAGUGGCAAUGUAUGUCCACGCAUACACGUUGUACAGUGCUGUGAGGCCGUUUGGGAGCAGCUUUAUUUUGGGAUCUUAUAAUGAAGAUGAUGGAGCUCAGAUGUACAUGAUUGACCCUUCAGGAGUGUCGCAUGGAUACUGGGGAUGUGCUAUUGGGAAGGCUAAAGAAGCAGCAAAAACAGAGAUUGAAAAGCUACAGAUGAAAGACUUGACUUGUAGAGAAGUGGUGAAAGAAGUUGCAAAAAUAAUCUACAUAGUCCACGAUGAAGUGAAGGAUAAAUCUUUUGAACUGGAGCUGAGCUGGGUUGGAGAAAAUACAAAAGGUAGACAUGAAUUAGUACCGAAAGACAUCAAAGAAGAAGCCGAAAAAUACGCCAAAGAUUCUCUUGAGGAAGAUGAUGAAUCUGAUGAAGACAACAUGUAAUCAGUUUCUGUUGAGAAAAAGUUUGAAUUUGAGCUUUUUUUCUUUGUAUUUUCUCCCCGCCCCAAUAUUCAAACAUACUAUCAAGUUUAACGUUUCUCAAUGUUGAAAAUUAAACUUUACAAAGUGUUUGUAAAAAUAGAUCCGGAAAUGGUAANUUUUCAGUUAAAACAUGUAGUAAUUUUUUAAAUUGUUUUCUGAAUGCUCUACAACCAUGUUAUUCUUGUAAGACAGUGACAGAAAUAAAGACUUAUUAGAUUU